AUGGCAGGCGACCCCGCGAAACGUAACCAGAACCUAUAUUGUCAAUACCACCAGGAACCAGGGCAUACCACCGAUAACUGCAGAAAUCUGAAGAACCACUUGGACCAGCUGGUCCGAGAGGGAAAGCUAAGACAUCUCUUACAUCAUUUCGGUGGCCGACAGGAGCAGACAAGCAUCGAGGCGAGGCAAAGCACCUUGAGACCACCUAUUGGCACGAUAAAUGUCAUCCUCGUCACCCCAGGAAGAACUGGCUCCCAUCCUUUUAGAGUGAUGUCGGUGGCCCGACUCCCCGCUGAAGCUGACAACCAUGAGUCCAAGAGGGCUAAAGGAAUGGCCUCGCCCAUGCUCGGGUUCUCGGAUGAGGAUAUUGGAACCAUCCAGCCGCACGACGAUGCUCUAGUCAUCACACUUAGGGUUGGGGGGUAUGACGUGAAGAGGAUGCUAGUCGAUCAGGGCAGUGCCGUGGAAGUAAUGUACCCUGACCUAUACAAGGGGCUGAAGCUGAGACCCAAAGACCUGAUGGCAUACAACUCCCCUUUAGUAAGUUUCGAAGGGAAAACCGUUACUCCGAAAGGCCAAAUUAGACUACCUAUACAAACAGGCUCAGACAUAGUGGAGGUGGAUUUCAUAGUGGUGGACGUAUAUUUGCCAUACAUCGCCAUUGUAGCUGGACCUUGGCUUCAUGCCCUAGGGGCUGCCUCCUUGACCUUACACCAAAAGGUGAAGUACCCGUCGAAGGGUCAAGUCAAAGAAGUGAUAGGGGACCAAGCCAUGGCCCGACAAUGCAUGGUGUUUGCCAUCUCGCGACAGUCGAGUGCUGAGCCUUCAACCUCUACCGAGAAUUGCUUAUAG